CAUCCAUUUUGAUAUAAAGACAUAAUAUCUUUAUAACCAGGUGGGGACCAAUGAAUAUUACUUUAUUUAUAUUUGAUUGCAGUGUUGUAGUCAUAAAGAAGAACUAUUAAUUUUCAAGUCUUAUAUGUAAGACCCAACAAGACAAAAGCCCCAAAUAAUAUGUAAAUAUUGAAUCAUGUGGAUAUAGCCUCAAAAAUACAUCAUAUGGAUUUCAGAAACGCCUGUAUUUGUAUUUAGUCACUUGUUAUAUGAGUGACCAAUAAGAGAACAGGUGUCGCAGGCUCGCACUGUUGAAAGAAUGAUGCCAUUCAUGAUGAACUGGCAAUAAUUAGACAUUAAUUUAUCCAUUAAUUUAUGGAACAUCAAAAUGACAUUUAAAAAUCAAAUUGAUCAUGCAGAUGUUAUAUGUUAGAUCAAUAGUAAUACUUUAAAGUUUAGAUAAUGUUAAAAAAUAUUAAUUAAUAGAUAGAAUAUACGAAUGACAUUUAAAAAACAUCAGACCGAUCAAACAUGUGUCACAUGUCAAAUCAAUAGUUGUACUCCAAAGUUUAAAUAAUAAUGUUCUCUAAAAUAUAUCAUUAUCCCGAUGUUAAUAUUUGGAUCAAUCAUGCCUUUCAGAAUGCCUUUCAGAAUUAGGAGUGUGGUCAUAGUCCUUGUAGUUGUGUUGGUUUUAACUUUUAUGUACAGUUUAGCUGUGCAUGAAUUCAUUGCUCUUAAAAAAGUCAGGACAAACAAAAUUAUUGAUGCUGCUGUAAAAAGUCUAACAGCUGAUGAAAUUCAAGAAAUAUACACGAAAGAUUACUCUGUAACAGAAAUAAAAACCCGUGUGCAGAAGGAAAGAGAAGAGAUUGACAAAUUACCGCUUGGCAUCAAAAGACAAAGACUACCAGAUGUAAUCUUAAUUGGAAUAUUUAAAGCAGGUACAGGAACAACAACUGCUUGGCUUUCAAGACAUCCACAGAUUCAUCAAGUCAAAAAUCCGAACAAAGGUUUCUGUGCAAUCUCAUACAGAUAUGCUGAAUAUGUAACUAAUUUUCCCAAUAUCUCAAAUGAUAAAAAAAUAUUUGAACGAACAAUGUGUUAUUCAAAUCAGAUAGUUAGGGAAAGGAUGGCUGCUGCAUAUCAACAAAGAAACGUGAAAUUUUUGAUCGUCAUCCGUGAUCCCAUAGAUCGACUUAUAUCUGGAUACGUACAAAGAGUCCUUGAAAAAGACAAAAAUGAGCCUUUUGAUGAGCAUAUAUGUAGCAGUAAUGGGACAAUUCAAAUGGACAAUGACUGUAACAACAGUAUAGAAAGAAGUGUUUAUGUUAAUGAACUUGCAAAAUGGCUACUAGUUUUCCCCCGAGAAAGCAUACAUUUAGUCGAUGGUGAUAAUUUUGCAAAAACACCAUGGGUAGAACUCCAAAAAAUUGAACGACUCCUUAAACUUGAUCAUUUUUUCUCCGAGGAUAGAUUCCCUAUCAACCCUGAAAAUCCUAAAUUCCGCUGCUUUAUCAAAUAUAACGAAACAGAGCCCAGCUGUAUGGGUUUAAAAAAGGGGAGGUCCCAUCCUAAAAUUUCCGAAGAAACAAAACUAAAAUUGAGGAAAUUUUUCAAGCCCUAUAAUGAACAACUUUUUACCCUGGCUGGUCAGAGGUUUUCUUGGGGUGUAAACUAUGAUUAAUAUAACAACUACAUGAUGUAAAUUAAAUAGAGCAAAUCUUGCCCUCGAUUAUAUCCUGGUCUUAAACAUUAAUCAUGUGUAUAUCUAUUAUGUGAUAAAUGUUAAAAUUAUUUCUUUAAAAAUCACUUGGUUUGUUUUAUUCUGUAUGUGUAAAUAGCUAUGUACAGGGUGUGCCAUAUGUAUUCACCCCUCUCUAAACUCAUACAUUUAGCAUUGACACCCUAUCAUGUUAUACAUCAUUUUGUUCAUUAAUCACAAAAAAAUUGGAGACUAACAAUAUGUCACCACUUCCUGUGGUGGCAUGAGAAUUGGUUUAAAUAUAGUGCUUAAUCAUUAGUUAAUUUGAUAUCAUUGGAAAGUCAAGAACAAGAAAAAAUUGUAAAAGUUGCCUGCAAAGUCCUUCCUAUAUCUGAUUGUACAACUAAGCAUCUACUCACCAUCCAUGAGUGGAUGAGCUUCGCUAACCUCAGCAUAUGUGGCAUGGUCUGAUGGAGGAUUUUCCUCAUCGUGUUUAGCAUCU